AAAUUCCAUCAAUUCCACUUUACCACAAAAAGUCCAAUGGAAUAUGUGUAAAGAAAAAUGGAGUCAAAUUAAUGAUGGCGACUGUCUAUCGUCUUGUAAAUAUUAAAAAUCAACUCUAAAUAAAAUUUACACAGCCAAAUUAAUCAACUUACCACAAUUCAAUUCUAAUUAAAAACAUUCUUGUGCAUUGUUAUUUAAUUUAAAUUCAAGUGCCGCCCCUCAACAAACCCCCCAAAAUUCAAUGUGCAAAAUGUGCAAAAUCAACCAGGAGUGCAGGAGUGAAAUGUUAAAUUAAAAUAAUAAUUAAACAAUUGUCGAGCAUAAAAUUGUUAAGAAUUUCUUUUGCAUUUUGCAUCCCCUCGGAUUUCCUACUGUGAAUUAUACAGAAAACAAAAAAAAAAAAAAACGAAAAAAAAACAAUUUUUUUUUGUAAAUAAAAGUCGUCAGUGUCGUCGCGAUUUUAGUCAUUCAAGGAAAAUACUGUUGGGUAUCUAUCAUAUAGUUAGAUUGAUAGAUUGGUAGAUGUACACUUGUUCCGUCGUUGUCGUUUAUUGUUGUCGUUCGUUUGAUUUGGUUGUCGUCUUAGUCGCCUUCGCCUCCACCGCUAAGGUGUUGAGAGGUGAGUGAGUUAAGAGUGUUAAGUGCGGCGGGACAACUUCACAGCGCUUUUUCUAACUGAAGCAAGAUCACCCUAAUCAGCCAGAGCCAAUCAAAACCAAAGAAGCAGCUAAAAGACUCUUCUCUUCUUGUUUUAGCAAAUAAAAAGAAUGUAAUGUAUUUUAGUAGUAACAACAGAAGAAGCCCGUGCCCGCCUUCGUUCCUCAUCACACUUAACAGCGAAGGCAUAACAGCCAAUAGUCCAUGUCUAUAUGGAAUUCAAGAGAAGAUUCUUUGCGUCUUCAUCACACAAAUAGUCGAUUAAAAUCAUCAUUUAUGUUUAAUCUCACACCAAGAUGUCACAAAGAGGUAAACGAGGAAAUAAUCACCGAUUAGAGAGCGAUCCCCAGCCGCCGCCAACGAAGCGACGCAAAGGGCGGCCGCCCAAUGGAUCGGCGGCGCUGUUAGGAGUGGCGGCGACGGUGGCCACAGGCUCCAAGACAGCAGCGGCGGUUGGAUCAUCAAGCAAUACCAAUGACAAUGACCACCAUCACCAUCAUAAUGUCGAAGGAGCUAUUAGUGGCGGCGGAGGAGUUGGAGUGGCGGUUGGAAGUAGUUCUGGACUGUCGCUACCUCCGCCAUUGCCAAUGGCAUCGGCGGCAAGCACAUCACACCAACUAUCAUCAUCGUCGUCAUCCACCAAGUUGCCGUCGUCGUCGUCGGCGGGGUCGUCAUCAGCGGCGACUGUAGCGGCGGCGGGAAGCGGUAUCAAUUCGAGUGGAGGAGGAGGUGGGACAUCAUCGUCGGUGCCGUGGCAGGCGAGAUCAGUGGCUGAUAUUAAGAUCUCGAGCAUAUACAAUCGGAGUUCAACAGAGGCACCUGCUGAACUUUACAGAAAAGAUCUCAUUAGCGCAAUGAAGUUACCCGAUUCCGAGCCAUUGGCUAGCCAUGAGUAUUUGGUGGUGAACGACCAAUGGAAACAGGAAUGGGAGAAGGGUGUUCAGGUGCCGGUUAAUCCGGACUCGCUGCCGGAGCCAUCAGUAUUUGUGAUGCAACAGCCAAUCGUUCAGCCGGCGCAUGAUUUUAAACUUCCAAAAAACCGAUAUUUACGAAUAACUAAGGACGACUCCUAUAAUUCCGAACUACACUACCUAACAAACGUGGUAGCUUUAGCUGAAAAUACCUGUGCCUACGACAUCGACCAAGUCGAUGAAGUUUGGUUAAAUUUACUUAAUAAAGAAAGAGUUUUAUCCGGUGCUUCUCCAAUAACAUCUGAGCAAUUUGAACGUGUUAUCGAAGAAUUAGAGAUUCGAUGUUGGGAACAAAUUCAAGUCAUAUUAAAAAAUGAAGAUGGCCUCGGCAUUGAAUAUGAUGAGAAUGUAAUUUGUGAUGUGUGUCGAUCACCUGAUUCAGAGGAGGCAAACGAAAUGGUAUUCUGUGAUAAUUGCAAUAUAUGUGUGCACCAGGCGUGUUAUGGUAUUACAGCCAUUCCAUCAGGGCAAUGGCUGUGCCGAACUUGUGCGAUGGAUAUUAAGCCAGGUUGUGUGCUCUGUCCGAACAAGGGUGGCGCAAUGAAAUCAACAAAAUCUGGUAAGAACUGGGCACAUGUUUCGUGUGCUCUAUGGAUACCAGAAGUUAGUAUUGGGUGUGUGGAUCGCAUGGAACCAAUAACAAAAAUCUCAAGCAUUCCACAAAGUCGAUGGGCUUUGAUAUGUGUAUUGUGUAAAGAACGUGUGGGAGCUUGCAUUCAGUGUUCGGUGAAGACAUGCAAGACAGCCUAUCAUGUAACUUGUGCAUUUCAGCACGGACUAGAGAUGCGGGCAAUUAUCGAAGAGGGUAAUGCCGAAGAUGGUGUUAAAUUGCGCUCGUACUGUUUAAAGCACAGCAUGGGUAGUAAAGGCAAGAAAGGAAACCAAAAAUCGACGAAUAACAAUGGAUUGUGUUCGGGCGGCGAUGACGAUGAUGGCCGUCGACGAAAAAGUCGGAAAGAUAUGACUUCAGAAGAACGCAAUCAAGUGAGAGCUCUUCGUCAUCAGGAAGUGGAAGCUGAAUUUGACAAAUAUGUUAAUGUCAGAGACAUUAGCUGCCAUCUAUUCGAAUGCGACGAAGAUGCAAUAACCAGCAUUUAUAAUUACUGGAAACUAAAACGAAAAUCGCGCAACAACCACGAGCUAAUUCCACCCAAAUCCGAGGACGUCGAAUUGAUUGUGCGCAAACAAGAACAAGCCGAUCAAGAAAAUCACAAACUCUUCGUUCAUUUGCGUCAAGAUCUGGAACGAGUACGGAAUCUCUGCUACAUGGUUAGUCGGAGGGAGAAACUAUCCCGUUCGUUAUUUAGGUUGCGUGAGCAAAUAUUUUAUAAGCAAAUAAACGUGUUAACUGAUGAAACCAUCAUAAACACGAUAGAGUACGAUGAGAAUUUAACAAAUGCUGUGACCUACGCAAACGAUGGUCAAUCUCUGUACGAUAGGUUUUAUACUAGCUCAAAUUAUCAAGGUGACCAAUCAUUUUUAAGUCUAGAACAUAACAGACAGAAAGCUCUAGGGGAGGGUCGAAGUGGUAGUAGGUCACAGGCUGCUUCGGGUGCCGCAAGUUCGGCGCCGGCGGCAGCUGGUUCUAGGGCUUCCUCAUCGGCAGCAAAUCGAAAGAAAUCAAUUUCUCCAUACAAGAAAAUCAAUGUGAAUGGGGCAAAGGCGACUCGUCGUAAUGGUGGCGAUGGCCACAGAGCAGAAAGUAGUGGCUCACAAUCAUCGUCGUCGUCGACUAGUUCGUCGGGCUCAUCGGGUUCUUCGGGAUCAUCGUCGUCUUCGGCAUCAUCGGCUUCCUCAGCGUCUUCGGCUUCGUCGGCUAGUGAAAAUGAGUCGGCCAAAAAGAAAACGUCACCAGUUAAACAGCGUAAAAAGCAAAGCUACUUGUGUUCUGUGGAAAUGCGACAGAAACGACGAAGAGGUAGUGCUGCUGCAUCAGCUGCUGGAGCUGCUCUACCUGCGUCCAGUUCGAGUGAUGAAGAAGACAAGAAACAACAAUCGCAUAAGCGACGAAAUAAUUUCCUCUCACAAAUGCAAAAGGAGCUGGAAAAGGACAAGGGUGCCCUGUCCUCGAGCAAUGAAAGCGAAGAAUUAAUUCCAUUGAAGAACCUCGAUAAUACGAGUAAAAAUGCGACUCGAAAGGCAACAACACAAAUCUACUCGGAUAGCGAUAGCUCAAUGUCGACUUCCGAAGAAGACAAAGAUAAAACCGAAAGCAAUAUAAGCGACUAUCAAACAAAUAUACGAACAAAGGCCGCCAUGAAAGAGUUCACUCUGCAGCAGUCGAUACAAAAACAAAAGAAGGAAGCAGCAGCUGCUAAAGCCAAAGAAGAUGUUGGCAGCAGUGCAAAGGAUAACAAAGAUAAAGAGAAGCCGAAAGCAAAAACAAAGGAAACCUCCAAGGAAAGUUUGCGAACUGAUAGCUUGAAUAAAGACAAAAAGGAUGAGAGGAGCAGUAAGAAGAACAAAAGUCAAGAACAUACGUCUAAAUCGGCUGAAAAGCAAAAGUUCGCCUCUGACUUGUUGGUGGUGCCGCAAAGGCAGGCGGCUAAGAAAGCUUCGGAGAAUAUGCGAUCGACUAAUAGUUAUUCAGCGACUGCAACUAUUUCAACAGGUUCUGCGUCUUCUAAUAAGAAAGAUUCUCGAGAUGAGCGUGAACCUACUGAUCGAACGCAGAUUGGCCCAACUCGUGAAAAAGAAAAAGAUCGAGAAAGGGAUAAGGAUAAAGAAAAGGAAAAAGAGAAGGAGAAAGAGAAGGAUAAGGACAAAGAAAAACCAAAGGAAAGUACAAGCAGUAGUAGUGGUAAAGCUGAUGAGAAAACGCGCUCCAAAGAAAAAGAUAAAGAACGUGAGAAGCCAACCGAAAAGGCCGUCGGCAAACGUGGCAGACCUCCAAAGAAUUCGAAUAAGGAUGAUUCUACAUCUUCGAAGGAAAUGGUCUCUCCACGGCAGGAAAAAGUGCCUGUCAAGUUGGAUAGUAUUUCAAAAUCAAGCAGUAGUAGCAAGAUAACAACAGAGUUACCAAAUAGUGUUAAACCACCAACAGAUAUGACCAAAAAUAAUAUCCUUGUAGCUUAUGUCCCUCAAAGGCAGGCAGCUAAAAAGGCUGCCGAACAACUCAAGAGUGGAGGAAUGGUUAAAAAUCCCACAGCUGAUAUGGUGACCGAGGAGAAAGAACUCAAAGAUAAGGAGAGCAAAAUCAAAUCUCCAGAAAGCAAUAAGAAGCUCGCUUCCACAUCGAAUGAGUCAUAUCCAAUUAAGCCAAGAAGGUUGUCUAAGGAGAUGCUUGCUAAAGAGACAACAAAAGAAUCAGCAUCGACAGCAAGAACAACAAGCACACGAAGGUCCAAAGAUUCAGUUACGGAUAUUGUCAAGGAAGUCAAAGAAUCUGAGAAAACUGCAUCACAGGCGCCACUUCCAGCUCCGGUUUCAGUUCCAAUUUCGGAACCAAUUCCAGAGCCAGAACAAGAUCCUGAACCUGAACUUACAUCAGCAAUACCACCAUCAGAAGAUGCUCCUCAAGAAGACCUCAAACAAGCUCCUCAAUCACCGAUACCCGCACCGGUCAUGGAACCUGAACCAAUACCAUCUCCAGAGAAGUUACGAUCGCCGGAGCUUAAACCUCAAGAAAUGGAGAAGGAAGAAGAACUGCCUGUGUCAAGGCCAAAAACACCUCCGUCUCCUUCCUUAGCAGACAAGAGCAGGGAGCUUGCUGAAAGAGCAGGAAAUCGGCGAUCACCAGUGCAAAAUGUUAACCUGACUUCGACGUCCGAAUCUAGUAGUUCCUCUUCGUCGUCUUGUACCAGUAGUUCUUCUGAUGACAGUGAUGUCGAAGAUAACCGUAAACCAACCACUGUCCGUAAACUCUCGAAGGGCAGCAGUAUUGGGGAGAAGUCGUCGACAAAGAAAUUAUCACAAGACGAACUACCUAAGUCGCCAACAUCAUCGCCACUCAAAUCACCUAGACUUUCUUCAAAGUUGCCGAACACAAGUCAUAGCAAUGCCAGUAGCUUAAACGGAAGCAGAGGGUCUCCUCAAAAAGACGAUGCACUUGCCCCUCUUUUGCCAGAGUCACCUACAAUUCCAGAAACAGAAGAAAAGGCACCUGAAUCGGCACCAAUUGUUCUUGACGAUGACGAUGAUGAGGAUGACAUUCCCAAAGCACCAACAUCUCCCCCCGAAAAGGAAGAUAAAGAGGAAGAUAGGCUGGGACCUCAGACAAUCGAAAUCGAAGAUGACGAAGUUACCAAAAUCUCGCCCACAUCACCGCCGAACCUCGAAGAAGAAAUCACUCAAAGAAAAGCCGAUCUGGUGUCAUCGUCGGCUUCCAUAUUCAACAACACAAGCACAAACUCAAGUUUGUCAACAAAUCAGAACAAAUCACAUCGCAAUUUUGGUUCUUUAGACAAAUUACUCAACAAAAAAGAACAAGAACUCAUAGGCAACACAAGUUGCGGUGCGAUGGAUGAACGAAAGUCGAAUAGUUCGACAGGGGAAAGCGCCAGCAAUGUGGAGAGUGAUACAUUCAUGGAUGAUCUAAAAGAUGCCCAGCAAGAAGAAGACCGAAUGGACGAGGAGAGAAUUCCAACACCGUCGGUGGAGGAGAAAUGCAGUCGUUCAAUACGAAUUGAAGAUCCUGAUAUUAUUGAGCUUGACUCAAACUCUGAGCAGAGUCUGAAAAUCGACUCAAACGAACCACAACCGCAAGAUGAUGAAGGACAGGACAAUUCAUCAGAGAAACCACCACAAACACCGCCUGUCCCAUCGAGUAGUAGUGAGGAAUCUCAAAAGCUCUUUGAACAAUCUCCAGCUACACCAGCUGCACACCAUCACCAUCGAACGUCAUCAUUCGAUCCAACUUCCGAGAUGCAUUUGUUAGACAACAUUCAAGAACCGGAUGAUAAUGAGGAUGAGGAAGAUGAUGAUGAUGAUGCUACCGCUGCAUUGCCUGACUUCUCUUUCAGUCAGGUACGUGAUAUGGAUUGUUCUGGACCAGCGCCAAAGGCGACUCACGAGGCCCAUAAAGAGGAUGACAGUGCGUUGACCAUGAAUUUAGUGAAGAAACUUCGUCAGUCUCAAUCACAGAAACGCAAUCACAAUAAGUGUGAUGAUGUUCCAACCGAUUUUGGGCCACCUCCUACGCCGGCAAUACCUACGACAUUCCCCUACAAUCACCACUCUGAAGAUAUGUUCCAGCAAAAGGAGAAUUCGGCUCCAACAACGCAGCUUAAAGACGACACACUUCUGCCGGAAGACAAACCUGCCCCCGAAACACCUGCAAUGUCACAACUCACAAACAACAAUAGUUCUAGCCUUAUUGUGCCAUUUUCUGAAAAUGCCAUUAAUUUUCUGGACAAGUCAAGCACCCAUUCGUCGAUGGUGCAAUUUCCUUCGUUGCAGUCCUCCAACGAUCAACAACAGCAACAGCAGCAACAUCAACAACAACAACAACAGCAGCACCAACAACAACCGCACAAUUUGCUUCAAGAUUCUGCAACGACAAAUGAUGGUGGUUCUAUGUUCCUAAGUGACACGGGAAUAUCUGAUCAGAAGAAAAAGACUCCUCAAGCUACGAUCAAUAAUAGCGAGUGUUUCAACAAGCUGGCUGACUUUAAAGAACCUGACUUUGUGGACCUUCACGUGUCGAAGGAGACUUCUAUGGACUUUACCACAAAUGCAGAGUCAGUUUACGAUGAGAACACCCGAAUGCAGUCGCCGUAUAUGAAUCCCACUGAUAAGUGGAAUGAAAACGACCUCAUUCAGACGAGAAGAUCAGUGUCGACAUCGCCAAGUUCAGUAUCGGAGUCUAAUGAUAUUCCACAUCAACUGGCACCUUGCAACAAACCGAACCAGCUGCCGCAGCAACAGGAUUGCAACUUGGUAUCCAAUCAGAAAACGCACUUUGGAGGAGCACUCGACUCCUUUGGAGGAGCGCUUAGUUCACAGUUCAAUUCCAUAGCACAGCAAAACAAUUCCAAUCAAAAUAUGGUUAAUGGCAUCGAUGUGCUGGGUUCCGCGUAUGGCUUUGGGCAGCAACAACAUCAGGCUAGUCACGCACAGAAUCAGUACAAUGGUCCCGUGAGUUUGUUCCAUGCCCCACCACCACACGCAAACGUUCCCAAUCACAUGAAUCAAAUCUCUUUUCCAACACCGGGUCCAGUGUUGUUUCCUACAGCUGGUUUGGCUGGAAAUGUUCCACAAAGUCGAGCGUCGCAAUCGCAACAGCAAUCGCAGCAACAAAGUUCUUCCAUAUUCGGAGGAGGAAAUCGUCAGAAUCACCAACAAGACAUAUCAGCGUCUUCUUUUAUGACUCCAAUGUCAACUGGCAAUAAUGGCGGCGUCGGUGGUGGUGCUACAUUCACUUCGUCGUCGCAUAAUCUUGCGCUUACAGCAGCAAUUGUAUCGACAUCAGUAGCCACCUUGGAUCAUCAUUCCCCACAAAACCAUCAAUAUAAUGCUGCAUCAGCACAAUUUAAUUCCCUACUCGAACUAAUGCCUCCCACUACUAAUUCAAAUAAUAAAGAAUCACCGUCAAAACGCACAUCGGCGAGAUGUAUUCAACAGCAGCAACAACAACAACAGCAGCAACAACAACAACAACAGCAACAACAACAAAUUCUUCCUCGAAAAUCGCCACAAAUGCACAAAAGUCCCGGCAAGAGUCCUCGUCAAAUGGAACUCCUUAGCAAACAAUUGGCCCAAAAGAGUUCGAGCAGUAAAUUCGAAGGACAAACUGCCACAGGUCGACAGAGAAAGAAUUCUGCCCGCGGAACCGGAACUGGCCGGGGUCGUGGUCGAGGCAGAGGUAGAGGAGGCCGAUUAUCCUCCACCACACAAAUUCCACCUGCCAUCGAAUACACAAACACUCAUAUCGUCAAUAAUCUCGUUGGAACGCCGUACGAUUUCAACUACGAAGAGGAUAUGGUAUCAUCGAACAUGGAAAACCUCCAAUCACUACGAGAUCGACGACGAUCCUUCGACUGUCGAGGUAAUAUGCAGCAAAAUACCACCCCCGAGCAGCAGAAAUUCUCCAGCCCAACGUACACCUGCAAAAUGCGAAGUAGUACGCAAACAACAGCAUCCAAUAACUGCAAUAAUCGACAGGGAGAUCUCAAGACUGCAUCACAGAACACAAUAUCUACCAGCAAUAGUGAUGUGGCAAUGCUCCAUAGCAUUGUGAGACCAGUUCUUCCGGGUCCCGUCGAUAUGCGUACCUACAGUCUUGACUUCGAAGCACAACAUUCCUCGGCCAGUCAGGAAGCGUACAAUAACAAUCUCCUUGGUGCAUUCGAUUCGGGAACUGCCGACCAAACGCUGCCCGACAUUGAUGAAGAAGUUGAAAAAGAAUUCCAAUCUGCCCUCAAAGCAAGUGGAACUGGUAUUCGUCUGACUCAGAACAGCCAGCCUGCUAACGCACCCGAAGUUGUGAUGCCUGCUGAAUUGCAAACGUCCAUGGAAACAACAUCCGAAGAAAUUUCCAUCGACUCGGACACAACAAACACCAAGGUAUCCCUCUCUGAUUCCAGAAAUCAAUUGAAGCUGAAAAUUAAAGGACCGCUCGCCUAUCCAGACAUGUACAACUCGACCAGUUUGAGUGUUCAACAGUCAUCUGCCCAUGUGCCAGUAUCACAAGUCACAAUUGGAAGCGGAAGUUCUUCGGUUGGCAGUGGUGGAACAGGCAUCCGACGUAUGCGGAAAAAAGAAUUACUCCAAUAUUGGGGUCAAAAAGAAACCAAUUUGGAAGACCCGGUUGGCUUGCCGCAGUCUGUGGAAAAACAAACAAAUUCUUCCGACACAAUGAUCAGCCGAUGUGUGGGCAUUCCCAAAGCUAUAGAUUCAAUGCUAUCCAUUCCCACAAAAGACGAUUACAAGGGCUACAAUAGCACUGAAACUGUAUCGAAGAGGAAAAAGUGUGGCUCACGAGAGCUGCGACAGCUCGACAUGAGUUACGAUGUAACUGAAGGCAAUCCCGAACGACGUCGCAGUGGCUGCUCAACGGGCAGCAAUCUGUCGGUUAGCAAUGAAACUGGUGUCAAGACAACUGGCAAGCGUCGUGGACGUAGUAAAACACUCGAAUCUGAGGAAGAACUAACUCCAAAACUAAAGAUCAAAAUUCGUAAAAAGUCACCAGUGGGCGGCGUGAUGGCUGGUAAUAGUGGUGCUGGAGCUGGAACGACAAAUAUGCGCAUAGUCUCUUGUCCGCCCAAGAAACGUCAUACCUCAAGCUAUGUUAUUCCAUCUUUUGAAAUGUUACGACGCGAAAGUAUGAAUUAUCGCAAAAAGGUAAUGGCCGAUUUUGGCGAGGACGAUGAGGAGAAGCCGAACCUAGUCAGUGCUGCUGCAGACAAAAUCGAAAUACUACCAGCACAGGUGGUGUCGUCGAAAUCGAAGAAAUCCUCCAAACAGAAAAAAGAACACAAAAAGAAAAAGAAACAAGACAAACAUAUUCAGGUGAUUGAGAAUAAUGCAUCUGAUGCCAUUGCACCCAAGUUAAUUAUUCGCUUUGGUAAGCGAAAGGUUGAACAAGAAGAAACAACUCCUAGCACAGAAAUGGGUGGUGAUGAGAGUGUUUCGAAAAUGUCAGUAGAAGCAUCUGCGGCGCCGAUUGUGCCCAUUCGACUGAAGCUCGCUCGAAAUUCAGAUGGCGGAGGAUAUGUGAUUGGCAAUCAUCCGAAACAACAACGAUCCUCUGAUCAACAUUUAGAUCAAUCUGCAUCUGUAGAUAAAACAAGCGAAAUUGAUAGGUUAUCAUCGUCAGGUGGUAAUGAUAGAGAUUCGUCGACGAAAUCAAAUCAACCAGUUCCUCCGCUUAAAUUAAGGACCAAUUUUCAUAGCGAACAAAAUGCGACAGAUAUUAAUGCUGGUUACAGCAACAGUAGCAAUAGCAGCAGUACGCCGCCACCAUCGUCAGCAUUACCUCCCCAUCAUCAAACAAGUGCACAGGACGAUGUUGAUGGUGCAUCUUUAACAGAUCCAUCAGCGUCAAUGUCUGCGACAACGUCGGCAACACCAACAACGGCAGCGGCGGCGGCUUCAACCACCCCAAACGACUGCAGCUUACUUCCACUGAACAAAGACUGUGAAGUUAGAUGAUAAUCCUACUGUUUUUAAGUCCUUUACAAACUUUUGUUGAAUAAUCGUUUAAGUUUUCUCUUCUUUUUUCUAUCUUUCUCUCUCGCCCUCCUCCUUCCUAUUUUUUUUUUUAAUUUUCCAAUAUAUUUAUGCAUAAACUUAUUUAAUUAAUUUAUAUUCGAGUUAUAAUAUAUUAUUAAUUAUAAUUAUACCGCCUUCCAAAACAAAUAUUAUUAUUAUUAAUUAUGUAGAAAGAGAAUGAGAUGAUGAGUGAUGUAUAGAAAUAACGAAGGCGAGCAAUCGUUUAAUAUUUAAAAAAUUGUAAUUUUUUUUUGUUCUUUAGUCAAAUGCAUGGAAUUAGAUUAUAUGUAAAAUAUAUAUAUAAAAAACAUAAAACUCGAGUUUUCAAAAAGGACUCUCGGCUGCACACAUACAAACAAAAAAAUCAUCACCACACAUGAUGAAAAAAAAUUCAUAUAAAUGAGUUUGUUUUUUUUUUU